UCACCAUUUUCCCGCACUUCUACAAUAUCUUCUGCUCGAAACGGGGCAUGAGUGACGAAGAAGAUAGGCUUUCUGGCACUUACACAAGGGAGGAAAGAAGAGGAAAACGCAGUACAACGUGAUGGCAUUACAAUCUAGUAGUCGAACAUUGUCUAACCAAACUAUUGGUGCCGAGGAAGAAGGAAAAAAAUCCACAUGUCUUGGGAAUGUGAAGAAACCUAAGAAGCUGCUCUCUGAUAGAUUUGGAUCUAUUGCUAGAAUGGAGACAGGGCUGAAAAAUCCUCAGCAGGAUGAAUGUGGAGCUAGUGUCAAUCCACUGAACCAGGAGCUCAUUGACUUUGAGAGAGGAACACUGCAGAGAAAGUACAACAAUUUAAGAGUAAAUGUGAAAAUCGGAUAUAUGGAUCAAACUCUCUCCGAGCCAGGUUUCGGUAAUGAGCAAGUCACGUAUUGUCCAUUAUCAGAGGAUAGAAUUGAGAAAAAUUGUCAUGGUUCAGUUCCUCUUAAUAAAGAUGUAAAUAUCAUCAAGCCAUAUGAAGACAGUGCCAGUCUGAUGCAAAAUGCUGGAGGACAAGAGAGAUACAGAGCAAAAUUGAACUCUUUCUCCAGACAUGAUGGUAAUGUUCUAGACAAAGAGCAGCAGCAAGUUUAUGCGCAAAGGGCAUCCAACAUGAAUAUUAAAUCCCAACCAUUACCGACCAGUAAUAAAAUUGAGAGCUCGGAAGCUAUCAAAAGGCCAUUCUUUUAUGCUGAACAGAACAGUGUUCCUCCAAAGAAAAGAUACACCAUAGACCAGGAGUUGCAGAAAGAAAGUCAGAAAAUGGUUGAUUCUUUUGAUAGAUGUGCAAAAAAUGAUGUGUUGAACAACCGAUUCAAUGGUAAUCAAAGUUAUUUCCAGCAAGGGGAGUCUACACCAUCAUCCACUUGCUCAGAACAGAAUAGUUUAAUGCUCUUUGAGGGCAGAACCUUAUUAAAAGGGGGUGUAAAUCCUCGCCACAUUCCAAAGAAUGUAAUUGAGAGGCAUGAUAAAGAACCCCCAUCUGAUCCAAGAAUACUAAGACCAAAUUAUGGGCAGCAAAAUCAAGUUAUAGAAUACAAAGUUCUUAUGUGGCAUAAAGACUGGCUUUUGGAGUACACAAGGAUGUUGGUAGAUGCAAGGAAGUCACACCUGAAGAAAAGAGAACAAGAGAGAUUUAAUGCAAGCUUAAUGAAGGAAACAGAUGAAAGACAUCAGGAGAAGGAGAUGAUAAAAUCCAAAGAUCUCAAUAAUAAAGAGGAACAACAUCCAGAAGUCAAGACUGUUGAAAAUAAAAAAGUUGACCCAAGAUCAUCAGAGCUCAAUAAACAAAGGAUGGAAGAUAGCAACAUUACCACUCUCAAAUCGGCUGUGUCACGCCUUGUGGAGGAUGUGAGGAUUUCUGGAACAAGCAAACAAUGUUUUGAAUAUGGACAUUCUGGUAUAAAAACGGAGGUACUGCCAAAUUCACAUGAUCCCCGACUAAAGAACAGAUGUCAGCAAAAGUCCAACAAUGCUGAAAGAAUGUGUCAUAAAGGUAUUGAAACAAAAAAGGAACAGUAUCACAAAACCAAUUGUCAAUACAAAGCAUCAAGAACAUUCAAAGGUGAUGGUGAGAAAAGGCGUCCAACAUUACAGAGGUACGAUGCAAAACUAAAAACCGUAACGAAAAAUUCUCCAGAUGGAGUUAGUGUAUCUCGUGGAAAAACGGGAGCAAUGUUAAGAGAGGACAGUAGGUGUAACUCCCCAAAUUUUGACUCGUCGGACAAAGAGUUCAAGGUAUUGCCAAGCACUGCAAUGCACUCUACCUACUACAAUAAAAAUCUGUCCCCGAUUUACCAGGAGAGAGAAUAUAACAACAGCUACAGGAAGCCAUUGCCAAAAGCAUACCAAGUCAGUAAUAAAUGGAAUUCUAAAGGGAAAGAUGGAGGCUUGGAGAAGUUUCCCCAAUUCUCACGGCAGAAUUGGUACUAAAGGUGGACAAUUUUUUAAGCAGUGAAAGACAUUAGCGGCAUUUUAGAUGAUAUUUAUUGAUGUCUAUGAUCAAGAAAUCCAUAUAUUUUUAGGUUCUUUUUUUUUUCAACAGUUCCUGUACAGAUAAAUUCAAGGUAGCAGUGCAUGUAAAUGAUUUCAGAGGAACCAUUGGAGUAAAUAUAUAUCUGUAAAAGAUUCAAGCAGUUCUUAUGCAUGAAUCAGGGAAAGCUAUAAGUAGCAAGAGACACAAAAUAAGUUUUGUUGACUGUUCUAGCAUUUUAUUGAAAAACUAAAACAAAAAAUCUUCAUUAUUAGUACCAACUCGCAAGUAUCUUUCAGUUUUAUUAACACAAUUCUACAAGGCAAAACAAAUGCAUGCAUAUAUAUCUCUACAGACCCUGUAGCAGGAAUGAGAAAUUUUGAAAGAUUGUGGGGGGCAAUUGGAAGAGUAUUUGAAUUUUUUCCCUUGGAAAAGUAUGGAACAAAAAUAUUGACCAUAAAUUGUCAUAAUAUUUCUUGUACUGACCAUUUUCAGAGAUAAUGUAUGCAAAGAAAAGUAAUGUGUUCAUAUGUUCAUUGUUGCUUUUGCUAAAAUUUUUAAAACUUGUUUAUAUGUACUUGUUGGUAAAUAUCCUUUUCAACUUGACAAACUUUUCUUAUAGUUUUCAUCUUCACAUGUAGAAUAAAAAAUAGGUACUGACAAAUUAUAUGCAUCUGUACUCUUGCAUACCACAAGAACAUUGUCAUCUGAUAAAAGUGUAACUCGCUGAAUAUUUUAUGAUGCAUUGUGUGUAGUUAUAUGUAUAAUUAUUGGUUUAUAUUGUGUUUAGCAGAUUUACAUUCUGUCUGAUUUGCAAGGUCUAAGAACUGGAUGCUUCGUUUUAGAAGUGUAGUGAUUUCCCCCAGUUUAAGUAGUUUACUUAACGCUAGUUUGUUUUUACGUUUUUUAAUGUUCCACAGGGAAGGACACAACUACAUGUAUAUCAAAAUCUGUUACAAAGUAUUUAAGAUCUCGAGAAUGUUAACUGUUUUAAAGUCUUUUCCAAGAGUAGAGAGUUGGAUGAAUGCUUCAGGGCAUCACUCAAAAUUUGGAACAUUUUACUCUGCAAUGAACAUUGUUGUAAGCAGUAUUGUGUUAAAAGACAUAUAAUGAAUGUUUAUACUGAGUAUUUAAUAAACAACAAACGCAGAAA